CCGCGAUGGCCUUGCCGUACGACGAGAUAGCCGAGCUUUCAAUCUAGUGCCGCUCAGCCUCGACAUUGCGCCGUGCACAUACAUACCAGGCGACACCUGUUGGAUUUUCUGUUGUUGGGCCGGUUUGCCAAUUCCGGGCUGUUGGGGACGCCUGGGCCGCUGCCUGGUCUUACGUCGCCUCAGUCGUGCUUGUCCCCCCACGUUACAUUCAACCACACUUAGCAACCUCUUGUGCCGAGCCGCUUUCCGUACUUUGUUUUUUUUUCUCUCUCCAGCAGCGACGACACAAACCCUUAUCCCUCCGACGCGGGACCGAGAUCGUCAAGCCGCCUGCCCAGACCGAUCCCCCCCGCAUCAACCACACGCAGACUCCCGUUGGACCACGCGGUUGCUAGCCUUGCCUGCCCCUUCCCGCCGUCGCGCAUACCCGCCUCCGACGGCUCCGACGGCUCCGAAUCGCCCCGACCGAGGCCUCUCUCAUGCAGUCUUCUGAAAAUGGAUCGCCGGCGCCCGACUCUAUCCAGUCCUUGCCCAUGGCGGCUUCCACCAUAAGGCUGCCCAGCAGGCGGCAGCCUCUGGACGACCUCGCGCCGCUCUCACACUCGGAAGCCGAUCUACGCUCACUUCCCCGACGCGCAAACCCCUCGGUCGCCUCGCUCUACGCCUCCACCCUCACCCCGCCCGGUUCCCGAUCCGCCUCUCCGGCCGGCCGCCAAUCUCUCCUCGCCCGCAGCCCCCUUGGCGCCGCCGCCUCGGUAUUCGCAAAGUCGCUGGUGGAUCACGUCCCCCUCGACAGCCCCGGCGAUCCGUUGGCCUUGAUGCUGCAAGCAUUUGUGCCGCACGUCGCCGUCUACGCCUCGGCCGAUACGGACGCCCUGGCUGCGGACAAGGGUUUUGAGCGCGGUCUGUGGGAGCUGUUGCGUCCCUUUGGCGAGCAGGUCCAGGGCAAAGUCUCUAUUAGGGAUAGCGUCGGUGGCUCGAGGACCUGGGAUGACUACGCCGUUCGCUUCGUACGCUACGGUGACAAGGAUGGGUCAAGCACGCCGCUCCAAAAUUCAUCGGCGGUACCCAACGGCUCAGCCAGUAGUGCCGACUCACCCGAAGUUGUUACAUCUCGCGAGUCUCGGAGGCUUGCCGAUGUAGAGGCAGUGGUCGAUCGCCAUCUGACUUAUGCCGAGCAGUCCAUGUUCGGCAUUGGGCAGCAGCCCAUGUCGCCAACGCAGCAAGAAAUGGACCUCGAGGCACCUUCGCCUUACUACUCGCUCUAUCUGCGGAGGUUGUUAUCCGGUAUCCCACUGGAGAGCCAUGAGACUUUUGGCCAUCCCGUCGCCUGCGUCAUGGCCAUCAGCUCGCGCAAUCCUUCGCCCAUCGACGCCCUGCGGAAUCUCUACAAAGAGACCAGUGAGGGCGAGGGCAGGCUGCCAGACUGGGUUGCUCCGGACUACCUCCGCUACUACGUUCUUGUGCACGACGAGGAAAACGGCGAUAUCUCCAAAUCCAUGGCGCUCUUUGAGCAGAUGAAGCGGAACUUUGGGCUUCACUGCCACCUCCUCCGAAUCCGCAGCACACAGUGUGCCGAAACGGACGAUGAUAGCAUACCAUUGCCCCGUAGUGAGUGGAUGUCGGCGGCCGAGGAGCUUGCGGACAUCCGCAGGAGUGAAGCCCAGGAGCAUUUCGAGAACCCGGCCAAAUAUCUGUUCGAGACGGACGCAACCGCCAUUCGCACUUUUGUGCGCGAGAUGGUUAUCCAGUCAAUCGUGCCAACCAUGGAGCGAAACGUCUCCCUAUGGAACGAUCAGGUGGCGGCCAAACGCAAGGGCUUCGGCGGCCGGCUGGUGAGCAUGUCCAGGAGGUGGGCGUUUGGUGGCGGAUCCAAGAACGCGCCCGGCGGGUCCAACUAUAGCCAAGGCUUCUAUCGGCCAGACACCCCCGAGGCAACGUUGAGGCGGCUGGCCGACUAUGCCUUUAUGCUGCGUGAUUGGAAAUUGGCGCAGUCGACGUAUGGCCUGUUGCGACCAGACUUUGAGAGCGAUCACGCUUGGAGGCAUUACGCGGCUGCAAACGAGAUGGGCGCGCUGGCAGUGCUGAUCAUGGCGCACCCUAAAGCCUCGGUCCAGAGUCAGGCCAAAAGUCUCGACUCGGCUGCAGACAUGCUCCGCGAGGCUGCAUAUUCAUACCAGACGCGCUGUGGCGCCCCUUACGGCGCCCUCCGCUCUUCGGUACUUGGGCUUGAGCUGCUGAGGCUCCGAGGCGGGGCUUCGUGCGUCAACGCAGCUGCACAGCUGGGGAUGCGGCUCGCCGAGGCCACGCCGCGGCUUCUUGGUGUCGUGGGAGAUGCUCUGAUGCGUGAGCGCAUGGCCGUCGUCUGCGCGUCACGGCCGGCCCUCAACGCGGCCGGCGUGGGGUCUUGGCGGCGCAAGUCGGCGCUCUGGAGCGUGCUGGCGGCCGAGGCGUGGCUGGGUCUUGGCAAGUUCCUGCAGGCCCAGCGGUGUCUGAACGAGGCGCGCGUCAUGUACUCGAUGCUGCAGAGCGACGACGGCAUCACGCGCUUCGCGCUCGCGAGCGAAUUCAUGGCGGGUCUCAACUCGCGGCUCAAGGACGGGCUGGCGACGGCAUCCGUCGUGCGCGAUAAGCUAUCGCGCAGUACCGGCGGCGUAGAUAGCAGUGACGACGAGGAUGAGUCAGAGGAUGAGGAUCGGACAGGGAGAACAGGCGGCGGCGGCGGUAGUGCCGCCGGCGGAAAGAGGCACGAUGCAGACGGCGACGAGGACAAGAUUGACGAGGAAGAGUUCAAGGUGUCGAGCCCGAGGAGGUCCCGGCGCCAGAGUCUCCUCAACGCGGGCAACGGCGGGGGGCCCCCUGAGACGUCACCACUACAACCAAUACCAUCCAAGAAGGAAGAUGUCGUGGGCAAGGGGGAUUUUGGCUGAUCUCUCCUGCUGGACCGGGGAGAGUAGGAUGUUGACGAGAGUGCUGCCUGGUUGUUGGCAUUGCCGAGAGUUAUAGCGAAUGUAAUAUAGAAGACGGAACCUCCGCUGGGAUCCCAGAGCUGCACCUCCUCCUAUACCUUGUGCUUUCGUUGGGGCGGGAGUUGUGGAAUGGUAGGAGAAUACCUGUAUGUGAAGCCCCAAACUAGACCAGCAAGCUCUGACACGACACCUGACGGCACACAGAACCUACACAUAUUAGGCCAAUAUUGAAUUGGUAUUCAUAUUCAGUCCCUCGGGGGCGUCUCCGUAUAGUGAACCCAGGCCCAAGGUUGCGUCGGUUACUUACUACCAAGGUAUAGAACAAAGACCAGAUCGUCAACUCAAUAGAGAAGGGACGCACAGGUAGGAGAAGUUUGGUAUGAGAAAUGGAAAACGCCAAUAGUAUGGAACCCCCUUG